AAGCAAGUACACAAAUUACUAAAGUGGAGUACAAACUGCAAGGAAAAAGAAGAACGCACGUCCACAGGAAACCGAGGAUCAUCAUACAAACAGACCCAAAACGAAAGAGGAAGGAGAGACGGAGCAAGAGGGAGAGCAGGAGUAAAGGAGGCAUUGGCGUACGCGGAUUUGCAUUUGGAGUUGAAGGAGGAUCGUACCCAAGGGUUCGGGAAGAAGGCGAGAGGUUGGAGUCCACAGUCCUCAACGUCGUUCGAUAAUUUUCUUUUCCGUCGGCCGAUUUCUCUUCCGUUCGGUAUCUUCCUUUUCAUCAUUUAAAAAAAAGCGUUUUUUUUUCUUUUCUUGUGGAGAUCAAUCUUCUUCUUCUUCUUCUUCUUCUUCUUCUUCUUCUUCUUCUUCUUCUGGUUUUAUUAAUCUAUUUGUAAUGAUAUUUCCUAUCUGAGAGGGGAGGAUAAGCCUGGCGCAGAAGGAAUCGACGGAUCCUCCAACUCUAUUUGCUCGGUUCAACUGCCUCGCUGCUCUGGAAUGCAUAUUGAACGUGAUCAGGACCCUCCCGAUGGGGUCCUGCCUGUCGUCUCCGGAGGACGAGGAGCUCCACGGAAUCCCCGGGAGGAUGUGCCUCAACGGCGCCACCAGCGCCGCGUCGCUCUUCACCCAGCAGGGAAAGAAGGGGACCAACCAGGACGCCAUGAUCGUUUGGGAGAAUUUUGAUGGUAGGAGCGAUGCAGUCUUUUGCGGAGUUUUUGAUGGUCACGGUCCAAAUGGCCACAUGGUGGCAAGGAAAGUAAGAGACAUUCUGCCUCUGAAUCUACGUGCCAAUUCGCCAUCUGCAAGAGCUUCUGAUGGCCAUUUACAUUUCUUUAAAGCAUGGAAAGAUUCAUUCCUGAAGGCUUUCAGAGUCGUGGAUAAAGAACUCAGGCUUCACCCGGAAAUUGAUUGUUUCUGUAGUGGGACAACAGCAGUCGCUCUGGUCAAGCAGGGGCAAGAACUUGUCAUUGGAAAUGUUGGAGAUUCCAGAGCAGUUUUGGGCACUAGAGAUGAAAACAACUCUUUGAUUGCAGUUCAAUUGACCAGGGAUCUCAAACCGAGCCUCCCCCGGGAAGCCGAAAGAAUUCGGCGACACAGGGGCCGUGUCUUUGCCUUGAAAAAUGAACCAGAAGUCGCUCGGGUAUGGUUGCCCAAUCAGAACUCCCCCGGCUUGGCCAUGGCGCCGGCUUUUGGAGAUUUUUGUUUGAAGGAUUUCGGUUUGAUCUCGGUUCCUGAGGUUUCAUACAGACGCGUUACGGCAAAAGACGAGUUUGUCGUCUUGGCAACUGAUGGGGUCUGGGAUGCUUUGUCCAACAAAGAUGUGGUGAGCAUCGUUGCUUCUGCUCCCACAAGGUCGUCGUCGUUGUCGUCUGCUCGCUCUCUCGUUGAAUCAGCUGCUCUGGCUUGGAAGUUCAAGUAUCCAACGUCAAAGAUCGACGACUGCGCCGUGGUUUGCCUCUUCCUUAAUUCAGAUGAGUCCAGCAGCUCCACUGCCAACAGUAAGGAAGAUGGUCGACGCAAUGACAUCGAGGUUGCCAUUGCCUGAACUGAACAUUCUUAUUGCUGUUUUCGGUUACCAUGCUAUUUUU